CCUGUUGUUUUGCUCCAGCGUCACCAAUGACCACUGUCAACGACCGUUCGACAUACUCUGGCUUGUACUCGGGCCUCGCCAACAAUGCCGUCUUUGCCGUUAUCGUUUCGGGUGUUGGCCUUACAGUGUUUGAAUCACUACGACGCGUGAGGGCGCACACUAAUCGGCCAGAUGUAAAACAAAGCAAACUGGGGGGGCCCUUGGGAAGCGUAGAGACGUGGGAGUUUGGCUACUUUUAUAUGGCAAGGAGCUGGUCACUACAUCCUCCGCCAAUACUGAAAGCAAUACCGCUAUCUUGGAUAUGGCCCACACUCCGAUAUUCGGAACAUAACCUCCCAGCUCUGACUCGAAGUUUGGAUGCUGUCGUACAUGUGCGUUACUUGACUGCCUCCUUUCUAUUUGCACUGCUUCAUACUUGCACAUCAUUGCCAAUUCUCCUUGUUAUCCAUUUGUUGUUCAAUCCCAGCGAUAUUCUACCUGGGAGUAUGAACAAAGCAUCCUUACAGUAUCUGGUCACUUCGGAUCGCUUUUUAUGGGUGCAUGUUGUUAUUCUCUUUUGGCUGACUGGUACAUGGAUAUGGGCCUUGAUUUGGCUAACUCGAGGAGCCUUGCGCUAUCGGCACGAAGUAAUAGUUGACAGUUACAACCGUGCUGCGCAGAGCACCCCGUCGGCCGACAUGAAGAAAUUCCGUGGUCGACGUUUUCGGACCGUGAUGAUUGAGAACAUACCGGUCUAUAUGAGGAGUGAGGAAGCUCUAAAGAAUUAUUUCGAGAGAUAUCUCGCAAUGCCAUCAUUGCGUGCUGCCUUUCUGCAGCGAGGAUGGCUCGGCUGGUGGGGUGUCAUACGCAAUCAACUCAUCAGAGACUUAGAGCCGUUGCCUCUUGACGAAGAGGCACAAGAACACGGCGACAUGCCCAAGGUCGAACAGGUGGUCUUCGCCCGAAAGACCACUGAGCUGCAGGCUCUCCUAGAACAGCGCGAGGUAUUAUUGGGAAAACUGGAGGCCCUGCAUGUCAAACUCGCCUCUAAUGUUCUGGCCGCCGUGGCGGCCAGGUUGGCUGCCAAGGAACAUGCCUCGAUUGAAUCACCCACCGCAGAGAAGUUCGCUCGCAAACCUAGACUUAUCGGUGGUCUACAGACCAACUCUAGCCUGGAUAAACUUGUCGAAGCGCUUGGCCCUUUUGCGAAGGCAUUUUCUCAGGAAAAAAUACAAUCGCCUCCGUUGCCUGUCACAGGGGAUACUAUCUGGGAGGCGCUGUAUCGUGUACCACCGGAAUUAUUGCACCCUUACCAGCCUCUCAUUCGCAUGAAACCGCGCUACACCGGGCGUAUGGACGUGGCAAUCGAUUAUUACGCGUUAAAACUUGCCACAGUUGACAAACAAAUUGAAGAAGAGCGGGCGAUCGACGAAGCAAAGCGAGAGCCCUCAACCACAGCAUUCGUCACUUUUGUUGCACCUCAUCAUGCACGCAAAGCGUUCCGAUUCCUUGCGUUUAAUCCACGCAGCCCAGAUACGUGCUUUGUGACCCCCGCGCCAGACCCUUCCGACAUUAUCUGGAAGCGUGCUACAAGACCUAAUUUCCGAGGAGCUUUCCUUCGAGAUCUGUUGGUCUCGAUUGGGGUUUGGACCUUCACUCUCCUAUGGGUGCCUCCUGUUUGUCCAAUCUUGUUGGCCUUGCGACGUUCGCUUGCUCACAGGAUGGCUUUUCCAGCAGCCGCGCCGUUCUUCGUUGGUGGGGCAUCAACUCUGCGGAAGCGUGCACAGGCGACAAAACCUCGUGUAUACGAUUACUCCUACUGGCUUCCCACCCACAUGCUUGUCCUGCUGAUCAUGCAUGUCUUUGCUAUUUUGAAUCCACUCGUCAUCCCAUUCUGUCUUAUUUACUUGGCUUUUGAGUUUGUGAUUGUCAAGCAUCAGAAAAUGCAGGUGUUUUCUCGGGCAUUCGAAACGAAUGGGUUCAAUAUCAAUCAUCGCAUCCUCCGCUUCUCGUGCGAUGGUCUCGUGUUUUCACAGGUCAUAUUUCUAGUGUUAAUGAUCAUCAUCAAGAAGGUUGGCGAGGCCGUAUUGACCGGCUUGUUGAUACUGGCAACGAUUAUGGUGAAGCUCUACCUAUCACGCAAGUGCAAGACGGCUUACGGCGCAGCAGACAAACUCGAGGCUGAUUGGAUUUGCUCCACCGGCUCUAUCAUGCCAACCUCGCAGCACAGACACGAGUUGCCCUCUAUUGCCUCUCGCGAAACUCUUCCUUUGUAUGGCCCGCGUGUCGACAAUGUUAUAACAUCCCUGGGGCAGUUGGCAGAAGCAACCGUCCAUACAGCAGAUGACAACCUGACCAAUGAAGUGGAGCAUCCUUGUAUGUCUACCACCGCUUUGGAUGCCGCCGAUGAGAAUCCCAUUGUGACUGCACAUCCAACAACUGCGAAGUGGGACGACAGUGUCCCAUACGAUGCAAGUUACGAAAACCCGCUCUACACAACUUCGCUGGACAAGUUCAUGUGGCUUCCACGAAACCCCCUUGCUAGACUCGAUCUCGAUGAUGGCGUCAGGAUCCACGUGGUUUUACUCAGUCGUCCAGAUAGAAACUGGCGAGGUGUGGGAAGGCUUCCACGAGAGCUUGAAGCCCAGCUCUUCGGUGAUAUUCCUGGAACCAGACCGUCUGGGGAGGUCCUCCUGACAGACCAUGACAGCCAGUCUUAUGAACCCAGAAGCUCUAUUACACAAGAGCCCCUUCUGAAACCGAAUGUACGACUAACUCGAGACGAUGCACUGGAGGAAAUCGAGUUACCGCCUAUCCUCGCCGCCCGCGUACAGCAUCCUGAACAAGAGACGGACAUAGAAGAGGUAGAAGGCACCACGUUACAAGAGAGAAUCAGGCCGCCACUCUCAAGGGCGAGGUCGUUCAAGUCACAAGCUUCGAAACAGCCCUCUUUACGCCAUACGUCAUCCGCUGAAAAUUGGUUCCCUGGCCACAUCAUGCGGGAGGAACCAAAUGAAUUGGGUAUUCCACCUCUGUCCACAGUUGGAUUGCCUGAGACAUCCUCUGAUGGAGCACUCCCCGUGAUAGGCCUUGGCGGCGAGGAAUCUAGGAUCAGUUCGACACCAGGAAAUACACAUGGAUCUGCUUUGUCAUCUUUCAGAGCGCUGGCAAAUCUGGUUAUGCGAGAAGCGCGACAAGAGAAGGAAGACCGCGAAAAGAAGGACAAGAAGGAAGACGAGAGCCGCAACCCUCGGAGUAGCCUGGCCCAAAUACUGGAUGCGCACGGCAGGGUGAACGAAUGA